CCUGCUACAUAAGCUGGGGCCCCCAGGGGAGCAAGCACCCGGCCCGGCUCCCUCCCUGCCCGUCCCCGUCCCCCCACCCGUGCCAGCCCCCAGGAUGGGUGCCCCGAGCGCGUGCCGGACGCUGGUGUUGGCUCUGGCGGCCAUGCUCGUGGUGCCGCAGGCAGAGACCCAGGGCCCUGUGGAGCCGAGCUGGGGGAAUGCAGGGCACACCAUGGAUGGCGGUGCCCCGACGUCCUCGCCCACCCGGCGCGUGAGCUUUGUUCCACCCGUCACUGUCUUCCCCAGCCUGAGCCCCCUGAACCCGGCGCACAACGGGCGGGUGUGCAGCACCUGGGGUGACUUCCACUACAAGACCUUCGACGGCGACGUCUUCCGCUUCCCUGGCCUUUGCAACUACGUGUUCUCUGAGCACUGCCGCGCCGCCUACGAGGACUUCAACGUCCAGCUACGCCGAGGCCUAGUGGGCUCCAGGCCUGUGGUCACCCGUGUUGUCAUCAAGGCCCAGGGGCUGGUGCUGGAGGCGUCCAACGGCUCCGUCCUCGUCAACGGGCAGCGGGAGGAGCUGCCUUACAGCCGCACUGGCCUCCUGGUGGAGCAGAGCGGGGACUACAUCAAGGUCAGCAUCCGGCUGGUGCUGACAUUCCUGUGGAACGGAGAGGACAGUGCCCUGCUGGAGCUGGAUCCCAAAUACGCCAACCAGACCUGUGGCCUGUGUGGGGACUUCAACGGCCUCCCGGCCUUCAACGAGUUCUAUGCCCACAACGCCAGGCUGACCCCGCUCCAGUUUGGGAACCUGCAGAAGUUGGAUGGGCCCACGGAGCAGUGCCCGGACCCGCUGCCCUUGCCGGCCGGCAACUGCACGGACGAGGAGGGCAUCUGCCACCGCACCCUGCUGGGGCCGGCCUUUGCGGAGUGCCACGCACUGGUGGACAGCACUGCAUACCUGGCCGCCUGCGCCCAGGACCUGUGCCGCUGCCCCACCUGCCCGUGUGCCACCUUUGUGGAAUACUCACGCCAGUGCGCCCACGCGGGGGGCCAGCCGCGGAACUGGAGGUGCCCUGAGCUCUGCCCCCGGACCUGCCCCCUCAACAUGCAGCACCAGGAGUGUGGCUCACCCUGCACGGACACCUGCUCCAACCCCCAGCGCGCGCAGCUCUGCGAGGACCACUGUGUGGAUGGCUGCUUCUGCCCCCCAGGCACAGUGCUGGAUGACAUCACGCACUCUGGCUGCCUGCCCCUCGGGCAGUGCCCCUGCACCCACGGUGGCCGCACCUACAGCCCGGGCACCUCCUUCAACACCACCUGCAGCUCCUGCACCUGCUCCGGGGGGCUAUGGCAGUGCCAGGACCUGCCGUGCCCUGGCACCUGCUCUGUGCAGGGCGGGGCCCACAUCUCCACCUAUGAUGAGAAACUCUACGACCUGCAUGGUGACUGCAGCUACGUUCUGUCCAAGAAAUGUGCCGACAGCAGCUUCACCGUGCUGGCUGAGCUGCGGAAGUGUGGCCUGACGGACAACGAGAACUGCCUGAAAGCGGUGACGCUCAGCCUGGACGGCGGGGACACGGCCAUCCGGAUCCAAGCGGACGGCGGCGUGUUCCUCAACUCCAUCUACACGCAGCUGCCCCUGUCGGCAGCCAACAUCACCUUGUUCACACCCUCGAGCUUCUUCAUCGUGGUGCAGACAGGCCUCGGGCUGCAGCUGCUGGUGCAGCUGGUGCCACUCAUGCAGGUGUUUGUCAGGCUGGACCCCGCCCACCAGGGCCAGAUGUGCGGCCUGUGUGGGAACUUCAACCAGAACCAGGCUGACGACUUCACGGCCCUCAGCGGGGUGGUGGAGGCCACGGGUGCAGCCUUCGCCAACACCUGGAAGGCCCAGGCCGCCUGUGCCAAUGCCAGGAACAGCUUUGAGGACCCCUGCUCCCUCAGUGUGGAGAAUGAGAACUACGCCCGGCACUGGUGCUCGCGCCUGACUGACCCCAACAGUGCCUUUUCGCGCUGCCACUCCGUCAUCAACCCCAAGCCCUUCCACUCGAACUGCAUGUUUGACACCUGCAACUGUGAGCAGAGCGAGGACUGCCUGUGCGCCGCGCUGUCCUCCUACGUGCACGCCUGUGCCGCCAAGGGCGUGCAGCUCAGCGACUGGAGGGACGGCGUCUGCACCAAGUACAUGCAGAACUGCCCCAAGUCCCAGCGCUACGCCUACGUGGUGGAUGCCUGCCAGCCCACUUGCCGCGGCCUAAGUGAGGCCGACGUCACCUGCAGCGUUUCCUUCGUGCCUGUGGACGGCUGCACCUGCCCCGCGGGCACCUUCCUCAAUGACGCGGGCGCCUGUGUGCCCGCCCAGGAGUGCCCCUGCUACGCUCAUGGCACCGUGCUGGCUCCUGGAGAGGUGGUGCACGACGAAGGCGCCGUGUGUUCAUGUACGGGUGGGAAGCUAAGCUGCCUGGGAGCCUCUCUGCAGAAAAGCACAGGGUGUGCAGCCCCCAUGGUGUACCUGGACUGCAGCAACAGCUCGGCGGGCACCCCUGGGGCCGAGUGCCUCCGGAGCUGCCACACGCUGGACGUGGGCUGUUUCAGCACACACUGCGUGUCCGGCUGUGUCUGUCCCCCGGGGCUGGUGUCGGAUGGGAGUGGGGGCUGCAUUGCCGAGGAGGACUGCCCCUGUGUGCACAACGAGGCCACCUACAAGCCUGGAGAGACCAUCAGGGUCGACUGCAACACCUGCACCUGCAGGAACCGGAGGUGGGAGUGCAGCCACCGGCUCUGCCUGGGCACCUGCGUGGCCUACGGGGAUGGCCACUUCAUCACCUUCGAUGGCGAUCGCUACAGCUUUGAAGGCAGCUGCGAGUACAUCUUGGCCCAGGACUACUGUGGGGACAACACCACCCACGGGACCUUCCGCAUCGUCACCGAGAACAUCCCCUGUGGGACCACCGGCACCACCUGCUCCAAGGCCAUCAAGCUCUUCGUGGAGAGCUACGAGCUGAUCCUCCAAGAGGGGACCUUUAAGGUGGUGGCGAGAGGGCCGGGUGGGGACCCACCCUACAAGAUCCGCUACAUGGGGAUCUUCCUGGUCAUUGAGACCCACGGGAUGGCCGUGUCCUGGGACCGGAAGACCAGCGUGUUCAUCCGACUGCACCAGGACUACAAGGGCAGGGUCUGCGGCCUGUGCGGGAACUUCGACGACAAUGCCAUCAAUGACUUUGCCACACGUAGCCGGUCCGUGGUGGGGGACGCACUGGAGUUUGGGAACAGCUGGAAGCUCUCCCCCUCCUGCCCGGACGCCCUGGCGCCCAAGGACCCCUGCACGGCCAACCCCUUCCGCAAGUCCUGGGCCCAGAAGCAGUGCAGCAUCCUCCACGGCCCCACCUUUGCCGCCUGCCGCUCCCAGGUUGACUCCACCAAGUACUACGAGGCCUGCGUGAACGACGCGUGUGCCUGCGACUCGGGUGGCGACUGCGAGUGUUUCUGCACGGCUGUGGCUGCCUACGCCCAGGCCUGCCACGACGCGGGCCUGUGUGUGUCCUGGCGGACUCCGGACACCUGCCCCUUGUUCUGUGACUUCUACAACCCACAUGGGGGCUGUGAGUGGCACUACCAGCCCUGCGGGGCACCCUGCCUAAAAACCUGCCGGAACCCCAGUGGGCACUGCCUGGUGGACCUGCCUGGCCUGGAAGGCUGCUACCCGAAGUGCCCACCCAGCCAGCCCUUCUUCAAUGAGGACCAGAUGAGGUGCGUGGCCCAGUGUGGCUGCUACGACAAGGAUGGAAACUACUAUGACGUCGGUGCAAGGGUCCCCACAGCAGAGAACUGCCAGAGCUGUAACUGCACACCCAGUGGCAUCCAGUGCGCUCACAGCCUUGAGGCCUGCACCUGCACCUAUGAGGACAGGACCUACAGCUACCAGGACGUCAUCUACAACACCACCGAUGGGCUUGGCGCCUGCUUGAUCGCCAUCUGCGGAAGCAAUGGCACCAUCAUCAGGAAGGCUGUGGCAUGUCCUGGAACUCCGGCCACAACGCCAUUCACCUUCACCACCGCCUGGGUCCCCCACUCCACGACAAGCCCGGCCCUCCCGGUCUCCACCGUGUGCGUCCGUGAGGUCUGCCACUGGUCCAGCUGGUACAAUGGGCACCGCCCAGAGCCCGGCCUGGGAGGCGGAGACUUUGAGACGUUUGAAAACCUGAGGCAGAGAGGGUACCAGGUAUGCCCUGUGCCGGCUGACAUCGAGUGCCGGGCGGGGCAGCUUCCUGACAUGCCGCUGGAGGAGCUGGGCCAGCAGGUGGACUGUGACCGCAUGCGGGGGCUGAUGUGUGCCAACAGCCAGCAGAGCGCCCCGCUCUGUCACGACUACGAGCUGCGGGUUCUCUGCUGCGAAUAUGUGCCCUGUGGCCCCUCCCCGGCCCCAGGCACCAGCCCCCAGCCCUCCCUCAGUGCCAGCACGGAGCCUGCUGUGCCUACCCCCACCCAGACCACAGCAACCGAAAAGACCACCCUAUGGGUGACCCCAAGCGUCCGGUCGACGGCGGCCCUCACCUCGCAGACUGGGUCCAGCUCAGGCCCCGUGACGGUCACACCCUCGGCCCCAGGUACCACCACCUGCCAGCCCCGGUGUCAGUGGACAGAGUGGUUUGAUGAGGACUACCCCAAGUCUGAACAACUUGGAGGGGACGUUGAGUCCUACGAUAAGAUCAGGGCCGCUGGAGGGCACUUAUGCCAGCAGCCUAAGGACAUAGAGUGCCAGGCUGAGAGCUUCCCCAACUGGACCCUGGCACAGGUGGGGCAGAAGGUGCACUGUGAUGUCCGCUUCGGCCUGGUGUGCAGGAACUGGGAGCAGGAGGGCGUCUUCAAGAUGUGCUACAACUACAGGAUCCGGGUCCUCUGCUGCAGCGACGACCACUGCAGGGGACGUGCCACGACCCCGCCACCGACCACAGAGCUGGAGACGGCCACCACCACCGCCACCCAGGCCCUGUUCUCAACGCCGCAGCCUACGAGUAGCCCGGGGGUGACCAGGGCUCCCCCAGCCAGCACCACAGCAGUCCCCACCCUCUCAGAAGGACUGACGUCCCCCAGAUACACAAGCACCCUUGGUACAGCCACCACGGGAGGCCCCACGACGCCUGCAGGCUCCACAGAACCCACUGUCCCAGGGGUGGCCACAUCCACCCUUCCAACACGCUCAGCCCUUCCAGGGACCACGGGGAGCGUGGGCACAUGGCGCCCCUCACAGCCACCCACGCUGGCCCCAACAACAAUGGCAACCUCCAGAGCUCGCCCGACAGGCACAGCCAGCACCGCUUCCAAAGAGCCGCUGACCACGAGCCUGGCGCCAACACUCACGAGCGAGCUGUCCACCUCUCAGGCCGAGACCAGCACGCCCAGGACAGAGACGACAACGAACCCCUUGACUAACGCCACCACCAGCCAGGGCACGACCCGCUGUCAACCGAAGUGUGAGUGGACAGAGUGGUUUGACGUGGACUUCCCAACCUCAGGGGUUGCAGGCGGGGACAUGGAAACUUUUGAAAACAUCAGGGCUGCUGGCGGCAAGAUGUGCUGGGCACCAAAGAGCAUAGAGUGCCGGGCGGAGAACUACCCCGAGGUAAGCAUCGACCAGGUCGGGCAGGUGCUGACCUGCAGCCUGGAGACGGGGCUGACGUGCAAGAACGAAGACCAGACAGGCAGGUUCAACAUGUGCUUCAACUACAACGUGCGUGUGCUUUGCUGUGACGACUACAGCCACUGCCCGAGCACUCCGGCCACCAGCUCCACGGUGACCCCCUCCUCCAUCCCGGGGACCACCCACACCGCCACAGUGCUGACCACCACCACCACAACUGUGGCCACUGGUUCUAUGGCAACACCCUCCUCUAGCACACAGACCAGUGGUACUCCCCCAUCACUGAUCACCACGGCCACUACGAUCACGGCCACCGGCUCCACCACCAACCCCUCCUCAACUCCAGGGACAACAACCAUCCCCCCAGUGCUGACCACCACCGCCACCACACCUGCAGCCACCAGCAGCACAGUGACUCCCUCCUCUGCCCUAGGGACCACCCACACACCCCCAGUGCCGAACACCACGGCCACCACACACGGGCGAUCCCUGUCCCCCAGCAGUCCCCACACGGUGCCCACAGCCUGGACUUCGGCCACCUCGGGCACCUUGGGCACCACCCACAUCACAAAGCCUUCCACGGUGACUUCCCACACCCCAGCAGCAACCACUGGUACCACCCAGCACUCGACUCCAGCCCUGUCCAGCCCUCACCCUAGCAGCAGGACCACCGAGUCACCCCCUUCUCCAGGGACGACCACCCCGGGCCACACCACGGCCACCUCCAGGACCACGGCCACGGCCACACCCAGCAAGACUCGCACCUCGACCCUGCUGCCCAGCAGCCCCACAUCAGCCCCCAUAACCACGGUGGUGACCACGGGCUGUGAGCCCCAGUGUGCCUGGUCAGAGUGGCUGGACUACAGCUACCCCAUGCCGGGGCCCUCUGGCGGGGACUUUGACACCUACUCCAACAUCCGUGCGGCCGGAGGGGCCGUCUGUGAGCAGCCCCUGGGCCUUGAGUGCCGUGCCCAGGCCCAGCCUGGUGUCCCCCUGAGGGAGUUGGGCCAGGUUGUGGAAUGCAGCCUGGACUUUGGCCUGGUCUGCAGGAACCGUGAGCAGGUGGGGAAGUUCAAGAUGUGCUUCAACUAUGAAAUCCGUGUGUUCUGCUGCAACUACGGCCACUGCCCCAGCACCCCAGCCACCAGCUCCAUGACAACCCCCUUCUCCAUUCCGGGGACAACCUGGAUCCUCACAGAGCUGAGCACAACAGCCAGUACGACUGCAUCCACUGGAUCCACGGCCACCCCAUCCUCCACCCCAGGGACCACCUGGAUCCUCACAGAGCCCACCACUACAGCCACCGUGACGGUGCCCACCGGAUCCACGGCCACCGCCUCCUCCACCCCGGGAACUGCUGGCACCCCAAAUGUGACCACCACGGCCACGACACCCACCGUCACCAGCUCCAAAGCCACUCCCUCCUCCAGUCCAGGGACUGCAACCACCCUUCCAGCACUGAGAAGCACAGCCACCACACCCACAGCUACCAGAUUUACAGCCAUCCCCUCUUCCUCCCUGGGCACCACCUGGACCCGCCUAUCACAGACCACCCCACCCACGGCCACCAUGUCCACAGCCACACCCUCCUCCACUCCAGAGACUGCACACACCUCCACAGUGCUUACCGCCACGGCCACCACAACCGGGGCCACCGGCUCUGUGGCCACCCCCUCCUCCACCCCAGGAACAGCUCACACUACCAAAGUGCCGACUACCACAACCACGGGCUUCACAGCCACCCCCUCCUCCAGCCCAGGGACGGCACACAUGCCUCCAGUGCGGAUCAGCACAACCAGCACACCCACAACCAGUGGCUCCACGGUGACCCCCUCCUCCAUCCCGGGGACCACCCACACCGCCACAGUGCUGACCACCACCACCACAACUGUGGCCACUGGUUCUAUGGCAACACCCUCCUCUAGCACACAGACCAGUGGUACUCCCCCAUCACUGAUCACCACGGCCACUACGAUCACGGCCACCGGCUCCACCACCAACCCCUCCUCAACUCCAGGGACAACACCCAUCCCCCCAGUGCUGACCACCGCCACCACCACACCUGCAGCCACCAGCAGCACAGUGACUCCCUCCUCUGCCCUAGGGACCACCCACACACCCCCAGUGCCGAACACCACGGCCACCACACACGGGCGAUCCCUGUCCCCCAGCAGUCCCCACACGGUGCCCACAGCCUGGACUUCGGCCACCUCGGGCACCUUGGGCACCACCCACAUCACAGAGCCUUCCACGGUGACUUCCCACACCCCAGCAGCAACCACUGGUACCACCCAGCACUCGACUCCAGCCCUGUCCAGCCCUCACCCUAGCAGCAGGACCACCGAGUCACCCCCUUCUCCAGGGACGACCACCCCGGGCCACACCACGGCCACCUCCAGGACCACGGCCACGGCCACACCCAGCAAGACUCGCACCUCGACCCUGCUGCCCAGCAGCCCCACAUCAGCCCCCAUAACCACGGUGGUGACCACGGGCUGUGAGCCCCAGUGUGCCUGGUCAGAGUGGCUGGACUACAGCUACCCCAUGCCGGGGCCCUCUGGCGGGGACUUUGACACCUACUCCAACAUCCGUGCGGCCGGAGGGGCCGUCUGUGAGCAGCCCCUGGGCCUUGAGUGCCGUGCCCAGGCCCAGCCUGGUGUCCCCCUGAGGGAGUUGGGCCAGGUUGUGGAAUGCAGCCUGGACUUUGGCCUGGUCUGCAGGAACCGUGAGCAGGUGGGGAAGUUCAAGAUGUGCUUCAACUAUGAAAUCCGUGUGUUCUGCUGCAACUACGGCCACUGCCCCAGCACCCCAGCCACCAGCUCCAUGACCACCCCCUUCUCCAUUCCGGGGACAACCUGGAUCCUCACAGAGCUGAGCACAACAGCCAGUACGACUGCAUCCACUGGAUCCACGGCCACCCCAUCCUCCACCCCAGGGACCACCUGGAUCCUCACAGAGCCCACCACUACAGCCACCGUGACGGUGCCCACCGGAUCCACGGCCACCGCCUCCUCCACCCCGGGAACUGCUGGCACCCCAAAUGUGACCACCACGGCCACGACACCCACCGUCACCAGCUCCAAAGCCACUCCCUCCUCCAGUCCAGGGACUGCAACCACCCUUCCAGCACUGAGAAGCACAGCCACCACACCCACAGCUACCAGAUUUACAGCCAUCCCCUCUUCCUCCCUGGGCACCACCUGGACCCGCCUAUCACAGACCACCACACCCACGGCCACCAUGUCCACAGCCACACCCUCCUCCACUCCAGAGACUGCACACACCUCCACAGUGCUUACCGCCACGGCCACCACAACCGGGGCCACCGGCUCUGUGGCCACCCCCUCCUCCACCCCAGGAACAGCUCACACUACCAAAGUGCCGACUACCACAACCACGGGCUUCACAGCCACCCCCUCCUCCAGCCCAGGGACGGCACACACGCCUCCAGUGGGGAUCAGCACAACCAGCACACCCACAACCAGUGGCUCCACGGUGACCCCCUCCUCCAUCCCGGGGACCACCCACACCGCCACAGUGCUGACCACCACCACCACAACUGUGGCCACUGGUUCUAUGGCAACACCCUCCUCUAGCACACAGACCAGUGGUACUCCCCCAUCACUGAUCACCACGGCCACUACGAUCACGGCCACCGGCUCCACCACCAACCCCUCCUCAACUCCAGGGACAACACCCAUCCCCCCAGUGCUGACCACCGCCACCACCACACCUGCAGCCACCAGCAGCACAGUGACUCCCUCCUCUGCCCUAGGGACCACCCACACACCCCCAGUGCCGAACACCACGGCCACCACACACGGGCGAUCCCUGUCCCCCAGCAGUCCCCACACGGUGCCCACAGCCUGGACUUCGGCCACCUCGGGCACCUUGGGCACCACCCACAUCACAGAGCCUUCCACGGCGACUUCCCACACCCCAGCAGCAACCACUGGUACCACCCAGCACUCGACUCCAGCCCUGUCCAGCCCUCACCCUAGCAGCAGGACCACCGAGUCACCCCCUUCUCCAGGGACGACCACCCCGGGCCACACCACGGCCACCUCCAGGACCACGGCCACGGCCACACCCAGCAAGACUCGCACCUCGACCCUGCUGCCCAGCAGCCCCACAUCAGCCCCCAUAACCACAGUGGUGACCACGGGCUGUGAGCCCCAGUGUGCCUGGUCAGAGUGGCUGGACUACAGCUACCCCAUGCCGGGGCCCUCUGGCGGGGACUUUGACACCUACUCCAACAUCCGUGCGGCCGGAGGGGCCGUCUGUGAGCAGCCCCUGGGCCUUGAGUGCCGUGCCCAGGCCCAGCCUGGUGUCCCCCUGAGGGAGUUGGGCCAGGUUGUGGAAUGCAGCCUGGACUUUGGCCUGGUCUGCAGGAACCGUGAGCAGGUGGGGAAGUUCAAGAUGUGCUUCAACUAUGAAAUCCGUGUGUUCUGCUGCAACUACGGCCACUGCCCCAGCACCCCAGCCACCAGCUCCAUGACCACCCCCUUCUCCAUUCCGGGGACAACCUGGAUCCUCACAGAGCUGAGCACAACAGCCAGUACGACUGCAUCCACUGGAUCCACGGCCACCCCAUCCUCCACCCCAGGGACCACCUGGAUCCUCACAGAGCCCACCACUACAGCCACUGUGACGGUGCCCACCGGAUCCACGGCCACCGCCUCCUCCACCCCGGGAACUGCUGGCACCCCAAAUGUGACCACCACGGCCACGACACCCACCGUCACCAGCUCCAAAGCCACUCCCUCCUCCAGUCCAGGGACUGCAACCACCCUUCCAGCACUGAGAAGCACAGCCACCACACCCACAGCUACCAUGUUUACAGCCAUCCCCUCUUCCUCCCUGGCCACCAUGUCCACAAUCCACCCCUCCUCCACUCCGGAGACCACCCACACCUCCACAGUGCUGACCACCACAGCCACCACGACAAGGGCCACCAGUUCCAUGUCCACCCCCUCCUCCACUCCGGGGACGACCUGGAUCCUCACAGAGCUGACCAGAGCAGCCACUACAACUGGAGCCACUGGCCCCACGGCCACCCCGUCCUCCACCUCAGGGACCACCUGGAUCCUCACAGAGCCGAGCACUACAGCCACCGUGACGGUGCCCACCGGAUCCACGGCCACCGCCUCCUCCACCCGGGCAACUGCUGGCACCCCCAAAGUGCUGACCACCACGGCCACAACACCCACAGUCACCAGCUCCAGAGCCACUCCCUCCUCCAGUCCAGGGACUGCAACCACCCUUCCAGCACUGAGAAGCACAGCCACCACACCCACAGCUACCAGAUUUACAGCCAUCCCCUCUUCCUCCCUGGGCACCACCUGGACCCGCCUAUCACAGACCACCAAACCCACGGCCACCAUGUCCACAGCCACACCUUCCUCCACUCCAGAGACUGCACACACCUCCACAGUGCUUACCGCCAUGGCCACCACAACCGGGGCCACCGGCUCUGUGGCCACCCCCUCCUCCACCCCAGGAACAGCUCACACUACCAAAGUGCCGACUACCACAACCACGGGCUUCACAGCCACCCCCUCCUCCAGCCCAGGGACGGCACAAACGCCUCCAGUGCGGAUCAGCACAACCAGCACACCCACAACCAGUGGCUCCACGGUGACCCCCUCCUCCAUCCCGGGGACCACCCACACCGCCACAGUGCUGACCACCACCACCACAACUGUGGCCACUGGUUCUAUGGCAACACCCUCCUCUAGCACACAGACCAGUGGUACUCCCCCAUCACUGAUCACCACGGCCACUACGAUCACGGCCACCGGCUCCACCACCAACCCCUCCUCAACUCCAGGGACAACACCCAUCCCCCCAGUGCUGACCACCGCCACCACCACACCUGCAGCCACCAGCAGCACAGUGACUCCCUCCUCUGCCCUAGGGACCACCCACACACCCCCAGUGCCGAACACCACGGCCACCACACACGGGCGAUCCCUGUCCCCCAGCAGUCCCCACAUGGUGCCCACAGCCUGGACUUCGGCCACCUCGGGCACCUUGGGCACCACCCACAUCACAGAGCCUUCCACGGUGACUUCCCACACCCCAGCAGCAACCACUGGUACCACCCAGCACUCGACUCCAGCCCUGUCCAGCCCUCACCCUAGCAGCAGGACCACCGAGUCACCCCCUUCUCCAGGGACGACCACCCCGGGUCACACCACGGCCACCUCCAGGACCACGGCCACGGCCACACCCAGCAAGACCCACACCUCGACCCUGCUGCCCAGCAGCCCCACAUCGGCCCCCAUAACCACGGUGGUGACCACGGGCUGUGAGCCCCAGUGUGCCUGGUCAGAGUGGCUGGACUACAGCUACCCCAUGCCGGGGCCCUCUGGCGGGGACUUUGACACCUACUCCAACAUCCGUGCGGCCGGAGGGGCCGUCUGUGAGCAGCCCCUGGGCCUCGAGUGCCGUGCCCAGGCCCAGCCUGGUGUCCCCCUGCGGGAGUUGGGCCAGGUUGUGGAAUGCAGCCUGGACUUUGGCCUGGUCUGCAGGAACCGUGAGCAGGUGGGGAAGUUCAAGAUGUGCUUCAACUAUGAAAUCCGCGUGUUCUGCUGCAACUACGGCCGCUGCCCCAGCACCCCGGCCACCAGCUCCAUGACCAUUCCCUCCUCCACUCCGGGGACGACCUGGAUCCUCACAGAGCUGACCACAACAGCCACUACGACUGCAUCCACUGGAUCCACGGCCACCCCAUCCUCCACCCCAGGGACCACCUGGAUCCUCACAGAGCCGACCACUACAGCCACCGUGACGGUGCCCACCGGCUCCAUGGCCACCACCUCCUCCACCCCGGGAACGGCUGGCACCCCAAAUAUGACCACCACGGCCACGACACCCACAGUCACCAGCUCCAAAGCCACUCCCUCCUCCAGUCCAGGGACUGCAACCACCCUUCCAGUGCUGACAAGCACAGCCACCAAAUCCACAGCUACCAGCUUUACACCCAUCCCCUCCUCCACCCUUGGGACCACCGGGACCCUCCCAGAACAGACCACCACACCCGUGGCCACCAUGUCCACAAUCCACCCCUCCUCCACUCCGGAGACCACCCACACCUCCACAGUGCUGACCACCACGGCCACCACGACAAGGGCCACCAGUUCCACGGCCACACCCUCCUCCACUCCGGGGACGACCUGGAUCCUCACAGAGCUGACCACAGCAGCCACUACAACUGCAGCCACUGGCCCCACGGCCACCCCGUCCUCCACCCCAGGGACCACCUGGAUCCUCACAGAGCCGAGCACUACAGCCACCGCGACCCUGACCACCGGAUCCACGGCCACCGCCUCCUCCACCCAGGCAACUGCUGGCACCCCCAAAGUGCUGACCACCAUGGCCACAACACCCACAGUCACCAGCUCCAGAGCCACUCCCUUCUCCAGUCCAGGGACUGCAACCACCCUUCCAGCACUGAGAAGCACAGCCACUACACCCACAGCUACCAGCUUUACAGCCAUCCCCUCUUCCUCCCUGGGCACCACCUGGACCCGCCUAUCACAGACCACCACACCCACGGCCACCAUGUCCACAGCCACACCCUCCUCUACUCCAGAGACUGCACACACCUCCACAGUGCUUACCGCCACAGCCACCACAACCGGGGCCACCGGCUCUGUGGCCACCCCCUACUCCACCCCAGGGACAGCUCACACUACCAAAGUGCCGACUACCACAACCACGGGCUUCACAGCCACCCCCUCCUCCAGCCCAGGGACGGCACACACGCUUCCAGUGCGGAUCAGCACAACCAGCACACCCACAACCAGUGGCUCCAUGGUGACCCCCUCCUCCAUCCCGGAGACCACCCACACCGGCACAGUGCUGACCACCACCACCACAACUGUGGGCACUGGUUCUAUGGCAACACCCUCCUCUAGCACACAGACCAGUGGUACUCCCCCAUCACUGAUCACCACGGUCACUACGAUCACGGCCACCGGCUCCACCACCAACCCCUCCUCAACUCCAGGGACAACACCCAUCCCCCCAGUGCUGACCACCGCCGCCACCACACCUGCAGCCACCAGCAGCACAGUGACUCCCUCCUCUGCCCUAGGGACCACCCACACACCCCCAGUGCCGAACACCACGGCCACCACACACGGGCGAUCCCUGUCCACCAGCAGUCCCCACACGGUGCCCACAGCCUGGACUUCGGCCACCUCGGGCACCUUGGGCACCACCCACAUCACAGAGCCUUCCACGGUGACUUCCCACACCCCAGCAGCAACCACUGGUACCACCCAGCACUCGACUCCAGCCCUGUCCAGCCCUCACCCUAGCAGCAGGACCACCGAGUCACCCCCUUCUCCAGGGACGACCACCCCGGGCCACACCACGGCCACCUCCAGGACCACGGCCACGGCCACACCCAGCAAGACCCACACCUCGACCCUGCUGCCCAGCAGCCCCACAUCGGCCCCCAUAACCACGGUGGUGACCACGGGCUGUGAGCCCCAGUGUGCCUGGUCAGAGUGGCUGGACUACAGCUACCCCAUGCCGGGGCCCUCUGGCGGGGACUUUGACACCUACUCCAACAUCCGUGCGGCCGGAGGGGCCGUCUGUGAGCAGCCCCUGGGCCUCGAGUGCCGUGCCCAGGCCCAGCCUGGUGUCCCCCUGCGGGAGUUGGGCCAGGUUGUGGAAUGCAGCCUGGACUUUGGCCUGGUCUGCAGGAACCGUGAGCAGGUGGGGAAGUUCAAGAUGUGCUUCAACUAUGAAAUCCGCGUGUUCUGCUGCAACUACGGCCGCUGCCCCAGCACCCCGGCCACCAGCUCCAUGACCAUUCCCUCCUCCACUCCGGGGACGACCUGGAUCCUCACAGAGCUGACCACAACAGCCACUACGACUGCAUCCACUGGAUCCACGGCCACCCCAUCCUCCACCCCAGGGACCACCUGGAUCCUCACAGAGCCGACCACUACAGCCACCGUGACGGUGCCCACCGGCUCCAUGGCCACCACCUCCUCCACCCCGGGAACGGCUGGCACCCCAAAUAUGACCACCACGGCCACGACACCCACAGUCACCAGCUCCAAAGCCACUCCCUCCUCCAGUCCAGGGACUGCAACCACCCUUCCAGUGCUGACAAGCACAGCCACCAAAUCCACAGCUACCAGCUUUACACCCAUCCCCUCCUCCACCCUUGGGACCACCGGGACCCUCCCAGAACAGACCACCACACCCGUGGCCACCAUGUCCACAAUCCACCCCUCCUCCACUCCGGAGACCACCCACACCUCCACAGUGCUGACCACCACGGCCACCACGACAAGGGCCACCAGUUCCACGGCCACACCCUCCUCCACUCCGGGGACGACCUGGAUCCUCACAGAGCUGACCACAGCAGCCACUACAACUGCAGUCACUGGCCCCACGGCCACCCCGUCCUCCACCCCAGGGACCACCUGGAUCCUCACAGAGCCGACCACUACAGCCACCGUGACGGUGCCCACCGGCUCCACGGCCACCACCUCCUCCACCCGGGCAACUGCUGGCACCCCAAAUGUGAGCAGCACGGCCACGACACCCACAGUCACCGGCUCCAAAGCCACUCCCUCCUCCAGUGCAGGAACUGCAACCACCCUUCCAGCACUGAUAAGCACAGCCACCACACCCACAGCUACCAGCUUUACAGCCAUCCCCUCUUCCUCCCUGGGCACCACCUGGACCCACCUAUCACAGACCACCACACCCACGGCCACCAUGUCCACAGCCACACCCUCCUCUACUCCAGAGACUGCACACACCUCCACAGUGCUUACCGCCACGGCCACCACAACCGGGGCCACCGGCUCUGUGGCCACCCCCUACUCCACCCCAGGGACAGCUCACACUACCAAAGUGCCGACUACCACAACCACGGGCUUCAUAGCCACCCCCUCCUCCAGCCCAGGGACGGCACACACGCUUCCAGUGCGGAUCAGCACAACCAGCACACCCACAACCAGUGGCUCCAUGGUGACCCCCUCCUCCAUCCCGGAGACCACCCACACCGGCACAGUGCUGACCACCACCACCACAACUGUGGGCACUGGUUCUAUGGCAACACCCUCCUCUAGCACACAGACCAGUGGUACUCCCCCAUCACUGAUCACCACGGUCACUACGAUCACGGCCACCGGCUCCACCACCAACCCCUCCUCAACUCCAGGGACAACACCCAUCCCCCCAGUGCUGACCACCACCGCCACCACACCUGCAGCCACCAGUAGCACAGUGACUCCCUCCUCUGCCCUAGGGACCACCCACACACCCCCAGUGCCGAACACCACGGCCACCACACACGGGCGAUCCCUGUCCACCAGCAGUCCCCACACGGUGCCCACAGCCUGGACUUCGGCCACCUCGGGCACCUUGGGCACCACCCACAUCACAGAGCCUUCCACGGUGACUUCCCACACCCCAGCAGCAACCACUGGUACCACCCAGCACUCGACUCCAGCCCUGUCCAGCCCUCACCCUAGCAGCAGGACCACCGAGUCACCCCCUUCUCCAGGGACGACCACCCCGGGCCACACCACGGCCACCUCCAGGACCACGACCACGGCCACACCCAGCAAGACCCGCACCUCGACCCUGCUGCCCAGCAGCCCCACAUCGGCCCCCAUAACCACGGUGGUGACCACGGGCUGUGAGGCCCAGUGUGCCUGGUCAGAGUGGCUGGACUACAGCUACCCCAUGCCGGGGCCCUCUGGCGGGGACUUUGACACCUACUCCAACAUCCGUGCGGCUGGAGGGGCCGUCUGUGAGCAGCCCCUGGGCCUCGAGUGCCGUGCCCAGGCCCAGCCUGGUGUCCCCCUGCGGGAGUUGGGCCAGGUUGUGGAAUGCAGCCUGGACUUUGGCCUGGUCUGCAGGAACCGUGAGCAGGUGGGGAAGUUCAAGAUGUGCUUCAACUAUGAAAUCCGCGUGUUCUGCUGCAACUACGGCCGCUGCCCCAGCACCCCGGCCACCAGCUCCAUGACCAUUCCCUCCUCCACUCCGGGGACGACCUGGAUCCUCACAGAGCUGACCACAACAGCCACUACGACUGCAUCCACUGGAUCCACGGCCACCCCAUCCUCCACCCCAGGGACCACCUGGAUCCUCACAGAGCCGACCACUACAGCCACCGUGACGGUGCCCACCGGCUCCAUGGCCACCACCUCCUCCACCCCGGGAACGGCUGGCACCCCAAAUAUGACCACCACGGCCACGACACCCACAGUCACCAGCUCCAAAGCCACUCCCUCCUCCAGUCCAGGGACUGCAACCACCCUUCCAGUGCUGACAAGCACAGCCACCAAAUCCACAGCUACCAGCUUUACACCCAUCCCCUCCUCCACCCUUGGGACCACCGGGACCCUCCCAGAACAGACCACCACACCCGUGGCCACCAUGUCCACAAUCCACCCCUCCUCCACUCCGGAGACCACCCACACCUCCACAGUGCUGACCACCACGGCCACCACGACAAGGGCCACCAGUUCCACGGCCACACCCUCCUCCACUCCGGGGACGACCUGGAUCCUCACAGAGCUGACCACAGCAGCGACUAAAACUGCAGUCACUGGCCCCACGGCCACCCCGUCCUCCACCCCAGGGACCACCUGGAUCCUCACAGAGCCGACCACUACAGCCACCGUGACGGUGCCCACCGGCUCCACGGCCACCACCUCCUCCACCCGGGCAACUGCUGGCACCCCAAAUGUGAGCAGCACGGCCACGACACCCACAGUCACCGGCUCCAAAGCCACUCCCUCCUCCAGUGCAGGAACUGCAACCACCCUUCCAGCACUGAUAAGCACAGCCACCACACCCACAGCUACCAGCUUUACAGCCAUCCCCUCUUCCUCCCUGGGCACCACCUGGACCCACCUAUCACAGACCACCACACCCACGGCCACCAUGUCCACAGCCACACCCUCCUCCACUCCAGGGACUGUCCACACCUCCACAGUGCUUACCGCCAUGGCCACCACAACCGGGGCCACCAGCUCUGUGGCCACCCCCUCCUCCACCCCAGGAACAGCUCACACUACGAAAGUGCUGACCACCGCGGCCACCACGACAAGGGCCACGAGUUCCACGGCCACAGCCUCCUCCACUCCGGGGACGACCUGGAUCCUCACAGAGCUGACCACAGCAGCCACUACAACUGCAGCCACUGGCUCCACGGCCACCCCGUCCUCCACCCCAGGGACCACCUGGAUCCUCACAGAGCCGAGCACUACAGCCACCGUGACCGUGCCCACCGGAUCCAUGGCCACUGCCUCCUCCACCCAGGCAACUGCUGGCACCCCAAAUGUGACCACCACUGCCACGACACCCACAGUCACCAGCUCCAAAGCCACUCCCUCCUCCAGUCCAGGGACUGCAACCACCCUUCCAGCACUGAGAAGCACAGCCACCACACCCACAGCUACCAGCUUUACAGCCAUCCCCUCUUCCUCCCUGGGCACCACCUGGACCCGCCUAUCACAGACCACCACACCCACGGCCACCAUGUCCACAGCCACACCCUCCUCCACUCCAGAGACUGCGCACACCUCCACAGUGCUUACCACCAUGGCCCCCACAACCGGGGCUACCGGCUCUGUGGCCACCCCCUCCUCCACCCCAGGAACAGCUCACACUACCAAAGUGCUGACUACCACAACCACGGGCUUCACAGCCACCCCCUCCUCCAGCCCAUGGACGGCACGGACGCUUCCAGUGUGGUUCAGCACAACCAACAAACCCAUAACCAGUGGCUCCACGGUGACCCCCUCCUCCAUCCCGGGGACCACCCGCACCCCCACAGUGCUGACCACCACCACCACCACAACUGUGGCCACUGGUUCUAUGGCAACACCCUCCUCUAGCACACAGACCCCUGGUACUCCCCCACCACUGACCACCACGGCCACUACGAUCACGGCCACCGGCUCCACCACCCCCCUCUCCUCCACUCCAGGGACAACACCCAUCCCCCCAGUGCUGACCAGCACGGCCACCACACCCACAGUCACCAGCUCCAAAGCCACUCCCUCCUCCAGUCCAAGGACUGCAACCACCCUUCCAGUGCUGACAAGCACAGCCACCAAAUCCACAGCUACCAGCUUUACACCCAUCCCCUCCUCCACCCUUGGGACCACCGGGACCCUCCCAGAACAGACCACCACACCUGUGGCCACCAUGUCCACAAUCCACCCCUCCUCCACUCCGGAGACCACCCACACCUCCACAGUGGUGACCACCACGGCCACCACGACAAGGGCCACCAGUUCCACGGCCACACCCUCCUCCACUCCGGGGACGACCUGGAUCCUCACAGAGCUGACCACAGCAGCGACUACAACUGCAGUCACUGGCCCCACGGCCACCCCGUCCUCCACCCCAUGGACCACCUGGAUCCUCACAGAGCCGACCACUACAGCCACCGUGACGGUGCCCACCGGAUCCAUGGCCACCGCCUCCUCCACUCUGGGAACAGCUCACACCCCCAAAGUGGUGACCACCACGGCCACCAUGCCCACAGCCACUGCCUCCACGGUUCCCAGCUCAUCCACCCUAGGGACCACCCACACCCCCGCAGUGCUCCCCAGCAGCCUGCCAACCUUCAGCGUGUCCACUGUGUCCUCCUCAGUCCUCACCACCCUGAGACCCACUGGCUUCCCCAGCUCCCACUUCUCUACUCCCUGCUUCUGCAGGGCAUUUGGACAGUUUUUCUCGCCCGGGGAAGUCAUCUACAAUAAGACCGACCGAGCCGGCUGCCAUUUCUACGCAGUGUGCAAUCAGCACUGUGACAUCGACCGCUUCCAGGGCGCCUGUCCCACCUCCCCACCGCCAGUGUCCUCCGCCCCGCUGUCCUCGCCCUCCCCUGCCCCUGGCUGUGACAACGCCAUCCCUCUCCGGCAGGUGAAUGAGACCUGGACCCUGGAGAACUGCACGGUGGCCAGGUGCGUGGGUGACAACCGUGUCGUCCUGCUGGACCCAAAGCCUGUGGCCAACGUCACCUGCGUGAACAAGCACCUGCCCAUCAAAGUGUCGGACCCGAGCCAGCCCUGUGACUUCCACUAUGAGUGCGAGUGCAUCUGCAGCAUGUGGGGCGGCUCCCACUAUUCCACCUUUGACGGCACCUCUUACACCUUCCGGGGCAACUGCACCUAUGUCCUCAUGAGAGAGAUCCAUGCACGCUUUGGGAAUCUCAGCCUCUACCUGGACAACCACUACUGCGUGGCCUCUGCCACUGCCACUGCCGCCCGCUGCCCCCGCGCCCUCAGCAUCCACUACAAGUCCAUGGAUAUUGUCCUCACUGUCACCAUGGUGCAUGGGAAGGAGGAGGGCCUGAUCCUGUUUGACCAAAUUCCGGUGAGCAGCGGUUUCAGCAAGAACGGUGUGCUUGUGUCUGUGCCGGGGACCACCACCAUGCGUGUGGACAUUCCUGCCCUGGGCGUGAGCGUCACCUUCAAUGGCCAAGUCUUCCAGGCCCGGCUGCCCUACAGCCUCUUCCACAACAACACCGAGGGCCAGUGCGGCACCUGCACCAACAACCAGAGGGACGACUGUCUCCAGCGGGACGGAACCACUGCCGCCAGUUGCAAGGACAUGGCCAAGACUUGGCUGGUCCCCGACAGCAGAAAGGAUGGCUGCUGGGCCCCGACUGGCACACCCCCCACUGCCAGCCCCCCAGCCCCGGUGUCUAGCACACCCACCCCCGCCCCAUGCCCACCGCAGCCGCUCUGUGAUCUGAUGCUGAGCCAGGUCUUUGCUGAGUGCCACAACCUUGUGCCCCCGGGCCCAUUCUUCAACGCCUGCAUCAGUGACCACUGCAGGGGUCGCCUCAAGGUGCCCUGCCAGAGCCUGGAGGCUUACGCAGAGCUCUGCCGCGCCCGGGGAGUGUGCAGUGACUGGCGAGGUGCAACCGGCGGCCUCUGCGACCUCACCUGCCCACCCACCAAAGUGUACAAGCCAUGCGGCCCCAUACAGCCUGCCACCUGCAACUCCAGGAACCAGAGCCCACAGCUGGAGGGGCUGGCAGAGGGCUGCUUCUGCCCUGAAGACCAGAUCCUCUUCAACGCACACAUGGGCAUCUGCGUGCAGGCCUGCCCCUGCGUGGGACCUGAUGGGUUUCCUAAAUUUCCCGGGGAGCGGUGGGUCAGCAACUGCCAGUCCUGCGUGUGUGACGAGGGUUCAGUGUCGGUGCAGUGCAAGCCCCUGCCCUGUGAGGCCCAGGGUCAGCCCCCGCCGUGCAACCGUCCCGGCUUCGUAACCGUGACCAGGCCCCGGGCCGACAACCCCUGCUGCCCCGAGACGGUGUGCGUGUGCAACACAACCACCUGCCCCCAGAGCCUGCCUGUGUGCCCGCCAGGGCAGGAGUCCAUCUGCACCCAGGAGGAGGGCGACUGCUGUCCCACCUUCCGCUGCAGACCUCAGCUGUGUUCGUACAAUGGCACCUUCUACGGGGUUGGUGCAACCUUCCCAGGCGCCCUUCCCUGCCACAUGUGUACCUGCCUCUCUGGGGACACCCAGGACCCAACGGUGCAAUGUCAGGAGGAUGCCUGCAACAAUACUACCUGUCCCCAGGGCUUUGAGUACAAGAGAGUGGCCGGGCAGUGCUGUGGGGAGUGCGUGCAGACCGCCUGCCUCACACCCGAUGGCCAGCCAGUCCAGCUGAACGAAACCUGGGUCAACAGCCGUGUGGACAACUGCACGGUGUACCUCUGUGAGGUUGAGGGUGGAGUCCAUUUGCUGACCCCACAGCCUGCAUCCUGCCCAGAUGUGUCCAGCUGCAGGGGGAGCCUCAGGAAAACCGGUUGCUGCUACUCCUGUGAGGAGGACUCCUGUCAAGUCCGCGUCAACACGACCGUCCUGUGGCACCAGGGCUGCGAGACCGAGGUCAACAUUACCUUCUGCGAGGGCUCCUGCCCCGGAGCGUCCAAGUACUCAGCAGAGGCCCAGGCCAUGCAGCACCAGUGCACCUGCUGCCAGGAGAGGCGGGUCCACGAGGAGACGGUGCCCUUGCACUGUCCUAACGGCUCGGCCAUCCUGCACACCUACACCCACGUGGAUGAGUGUGGCUGCACGCCCUUCUGUGUCCCUGCGCCCAUGGCUCCCCCACACACCCGUGGCUUCCCGGCCCAGGAGGCCACUGCUGUCUGAGAACGUUCUGCCUCCAUCCCCAUGCUCUGUCCACCUGGAGCCAGGACGUGCAUUGUCCGAUCAUGAAAACCUUGGGCCUGCUCUGCGGAGCCCCCCGGCCUGUGUGUGGCACCCCGUGCUCCGUGCUCCUGCUGCCCACCCCGUGGGUGAAACCGGCCCCAGAAGGGUGAGGGGCCAGCAGGACCCCUUUCGGGAGGGCGCCACUCAGGAGUCCUACCCUGGGAGAGCCUGUGGCCCACCUUGGCCUCGCCCCUCCCUGAUGUCACUGGGACGCCCUGGAACAAACUAAGCAUGUGCGGGCCUAUGUGUCCCUGCCACGGCCGGAGCGCCCGCGCAGCAUGGAUUCCAGCUGGCCACGUCCGGCCGCUGCGGCAGACAGGCUGGUCCAGGCAAGGCCAGCUGCUGCCAGGAAGCUGCGACAGGCAAGGCGGCCGCCUGUCCAUGCCUGCUGCAGGGUACCUCAGGGCUGAGGUCGCAACGGCCAGGUCAGAGAGGGGUCAGCAUCCCAAAGCCCCCUCUGCUCAACCCAGCCAAGUUUUGCAAA